AUGUCCGAUCACCAGAGAAUCCACCCGGACCCGGUCACGCCGGCGACCGACUUGGAAUCCCAACAGAAACCCACCGCGCCAUUGGUGCCCAGAGGCUCAUCCAGGUCCGACCACGGAAAUCCGGCGGAGCCACAACCACCAUACCAGCGUACAAUCCCGAUCCAAUACUCCAAACCACCAAAGAAACGACACUGCUGCCGCCGCUUCCUAUGCUGCAUACUUUGCUUCUUCUUCAUCCUAAUCAUGAUCGUCGGAAUCCUAGCAGCAAUCAUCUACUUCGGAUUCGAUCCAAAACUCCCGAAAUACUCCGUCGACGGGAUGACCAUCACCCAGUUCAAUCCGAACAACGACAACACCUUAUCCGCUCAGUUUAACGUCAACAUUACAGCAAGAAACCCUAACACGAAGAUCGGAAUCUCAUACGAGGGUGGAUCAAGGUUGACGGUGAUUUACAUGGGAACGACUCUAUGUCAAGGUUCGUUUCCGAAGUUCUAUCAGGGUCACCGGAACACGACGGUGCUGAACAUUCCGAUGACGGGACAAGCUGAGGACGCCACCGGGUUGUUGAAUUCGUUGCAGGCGCAGAUACAGACCGGAGUUGUGCCGCUGGUUUUGAGAGCUAAAGUUCCGGUGAGGAUUAAGCUUGGGAAGCUGAAGCUGCCGAAGUGGAAGCCGAUUGUGAGGUGUAGAGUGAAUGUGAAUACUUUGGCUACUGAUAAUGUUAUCAGGAUCAGGGAUAGUAGCUGCAGUUUCAGUUCUUGA